AUGGUAGAUGAAGAAUUACAUUUUAAAACUGUUUUGAGGAGGAAGAAUGCUGCAAAUGAAGAGUUGUAUAAUUUGGUUAAAACUCACAUGAUUCAUGGCCCGUGUGGAUUUGCAAAUCGAUCUUCACCGUGCAUGAAAGAUGGAAAAUGUUCUAAAUAUUUUCCAAAACAGUUUCAGCCCGAAACAAUUGUUAAUCAAGAUGGGUUUCCGGUAUAUAGAAGAAGGGACAAUGGACAUACAGUUCUUAAGAAUGGAAUUCAAGUCGAUAACCGGAAUGUUGUUCCAUACAAUGCAAAGUUGUUGACAAAGUACCAAGCUCAUAUAAACAUGGAAUGGUGCAAUCAAAGUACAUCGAUUAAGUACUUAUUCAAGUACAUCAACAAAGGUUACGACAGAAUCACCGCUGCCAUUGUACCGAAUGAUGAUGGAACUUCCAACCAGCCGCAGAAUAUUGAUGAGAUCAAACAGUAUAUUGAUUGUAGGUACGUUUCUCCGAGUGAAGCAUCUUGGAGGAUAUUCUCCUUUCCAAUCCAUGGUAGAAAACCAGCUGUUGAGAGACUGUACUUUCAUUGUGAAGGUCAAAAUUCGGUAUAUUACACUGAUUUUGAUCGUAUCAAUACAGUUUUGGAAAAACCAAGUGUAACUGAAUCGAUGUUUACAUCAUGGUUCGAAGCAAAUUGCAAAAAAAAAGAGAAUGAACCCCGUCAAAAAGGAUACACAAUUGGUAGGCUUAUAUGGGUUCCUCCAACAACUGGAGAAUUGUACUAUCUUAGAUUGAUGCUCACACAUGUCAAAGGCCCCCGCAGUUAUAAUGAUAUAAAAACAGUGAAUAACGUAAAAUAUGAUACUUCCCGGGAUGCCUGUUUUGCUAUGGGUUUUAUCGGCAAUGAUAGAGAAUUCAUUGCAGCUAUUAAAGAGGCAAAUCAUUGGGGUUCAGGUUUGAGGUUGUCGGAUGAAGAGAUAAUGAAUUUAACAUUAAUUGAGAUUGAACGAAAUCUUCAAAGGAAGAGCCGAAGUCUAAAGGAAUUUGCUGGAAUGCCUUAUCCAAGUGGAUAUGUGGUUGAGCAGUUGGGAAAUAAGCUCAUAUACGAAGAGCGGAGUUACAAUCCAGCCGAACAAUUGCAAGAAUACAAUAAUUUGCUCUUAAAUCUUACAGAUGAGCAAAAAGGUGUAUUCAAGCGAAUAAUGGAAGCAUUAAACAAUCAACAUGGAGGCGUAUUUUUUUUGUAUGGAUACGGUGGCACAGGGAAAACCUACAUGUGGAGAACUCUAGCUUCCUACAUAAGAUCAAAGAAACAAAUUUGUUUAACUGUUGCUUCAUCGGGCAUAGCUUCACUACUACUUCCAGGAGGUCGAAUGACUCAUUCAAUGUUCAAGAUUCCAAUACCUACAAUGGAGUCUUCUACAUGUAAUAUCGACAAAGGUAGUGAUCGUGCAGAGCUACUAAAAAUGGCAAAGUUGAUAAUUUGGGAUGAAGCUCCAAUGGCACACAAAUUUUGUUUUGAAGCGUUUGAUAAAACCCUUAAAGACAUAAUGGGGCGUUCCAAUUGUUCUGACAAAUUAUUCGGAGGGAAAGUAAUUGUAUUUGAUGGAGAUUUUCGGCAAAUAUUACCAGUUGUACCAAGGGGCAGCCGUUCAGAUAUAAUACAUUCUACAAUAAAUUCAUCAUACAUCUGGGAUCAUUGUGUUGUGCUGAAGCUUACAAAGAACAUGCGACUCCAACAAGCCGGCAAUACUUCAAAAGCCAUUGUUAGUGAAACAUAUCCGAAUUUUCUUAACAAUUAUAAGAAUCCAGAAUUUUUGCAAUCAAGAGCUAUAUUGGCAGGAAUAAUUGAAACGGUUGACAUCAUAAAUCAAUACGUUUUGGAAUUCAUACCAGGUGAAGAAAAGGAAUAUUUAAGUUCAGAUUCUGUAGACACUUUUGACGGUGAAGGAAAUGAAGCUUUUGAUGUUUUGACCCCGAAAUUUUUGAAUACACUUACAACUUCCGGUCUACCUAACCACAAGAUUAAAUUGAAGAUUGGGACCCCUAUUAUGUUGCUUCGAAACAUUGAUCAACCUGAAGGUCUCUGCAAUGGAACAAGGCUUAUAGUUACAAGAUUGGCAAACCACGUUAUCGAGGCAAAGAUUAUAUCUAGAAAGAAUAUUGGAGGGGUUAUCUAUAUUCCAAGAAUGGAUAUGACUCCAACACAAUCUCCGUGGCCAUUCAAAAUGACUAGAAGGCAAUUCCCCAUAACUAUAUGUUAUGCUAUGACAAUUAACAAAUCUCAAGGUCAGUCAUUGGAUUAUGUUGGAUUGUAUUUGCCUAGAAGUGUAUUUAGUCAUGGUCAACUAUAUGUUGCAAUAUCAAGGGUCAAAAGCAAAAAAGGGCUUAAGAUAUUAAUCCAUGACAAGGAUAACCAUCCAUUGAAUUCUACAACAAACGUCGUGUUCAAAGAAGUUUUUGAAAACUUAUAG